GCUGGCGGUAGAAAGGUAGGGGGCAGCUGUGAGAGGCUGGGCCAAGUGGGAAGGGAAGGAAGGAAUCGGGAGGACAGGGCCCAGCUGUGUUGCCAGAGGAUCCUGCUGGCUGUGUCUGGGCAGCCUCUCUGGGAAGUGCCCAGGGGUCAGUAGGGCCUGAAUCUGACAUUCUCCUUUGGGUCUUACAGGAACUAACUGAGAGCUGCCCCAGGACUCUGGGCCCAGCUCUGUCCUCUCCAGCUCCAUGGACCGCACGUGAAACCUCCCGUACCAGAAGCUCCUGCCUGGCUCCCCCAGCUCCGGUGCUGCUCAGUCCAGAGACGCUGCCUCUUCCAUGGCCAGGUUCUCCUCCACCUACUGAACAGCCUGCGGUGAUGGGGCUCCAUCCUGCUUCCAGGAGUGGGUGAAGGUUCAGGAGCCUUCAUAUGUCUCCUCCGCUCUGAGGAGCCAAUCUUAUUUUGUAAUACACUGGAGAGGAAUUGAGACAUGACAAAAGGACAAUAGCGAGUGGCAAUGGGGGCAGAUGGCAGACUGGGAUAGUUGAGUGAAAUUCUUCCCCCCCUCCAGGCAAUGAGGACCAUUUACGAGGUCCUUUUCCUAUGGGGAUACCGAGAAGCCAUCCUGGAAAUGUAUCCCUAGAUGCUCAUCCUCUGCAUCAGGCAAGUGCAGUAUGUGAUGGAUCUGCACUUGCCAAGGACCCCUGAGCAAAUCUGUGGGCCUCUGUCCCAGAACGUGGACAGAGCCACACCAGCAGCACAUGGGACCAGGCACCGCAGGAUGUCAGUGUCACAGCACAUCGGUGGAGGCUGUGAAGACUCUUUUUUCCAUGCCUGGAGACUGGAAGGAAUUUGCUGGCAUCCAGUUACAGCAGAGUUGAGACAUGAUAGCCUCCCGCAAUUACUACUCGCAGGGUGUUGGCGUGAUUGCAAGAGCCAUGAUCGAGUUUGAGAACCCUCAGCUCCCUGCAGCUUUCAGAGAGGCCGUCAGCAUUGUCCAGAGUGAGAAGGAGGAGGAGCAGAGAAAUAUCGCCAUGACUUUCUGCACUGAGUUUCUUCAGAGUGCUUCUAUUGCCACGACAGUGACAAAAUCAGACCUCCGGGCGCAGUUCAUGGAGUAGAUCAAAGACACAAAUCCCAUCAUACGCAGGCUCAGUCUACGGGGCCUUGGCAGUAUUGUGCUUCAGCCAGAAAAAGUGAGAGGCAUGGAUUGUCCGGGGGACCAAGGAAGCCGAUGUCUAUCGAAUAGCUCAGAAAUGAGAGUGAGAUCCCCACACAAGCCUUGCUGUGGAGUUAGAAACUCUGUGACUCCUUCACUCCCUCUGCAG